AUGAACUCCGAUUCAGCAGCACCAUUACCACCACCCAAGGAUGAGAACAUCGAACAGGAACACACCAUCGCCUUUCCGGAGCUUGCCCAUCAUGCAGUCUCUAGGCCAGAGCACAAAGUCCCAUCAAUAUCACAAUCGAAAGCAUCAGCGCCCUCGCCAGACCCAUCAUCAGCUCUCAAAACUGUCGCCUAUUCCGCAUUCCCACCGUCGCGAAAUGGCAGCCCCGCUCCGGGCACUCCUGGAUUCGGGCCAUCCCGAAAUGGAACACCAACACCCGAACCAACUGGAGCCGCACAGUUCAUAGCCAAUCUCUCCGAAAAGCAACGAGCACACUUGCAGUUCGCAGUACCGAAAGCAGACUCAGAUCGCCUGUCUCAUUUUCUGGAACAACCGCCCCGAAAAACACCAGUCCCCGAUCGCUUCACCUUUGAAGCUCUUGACUCCGAGGCACGAAGUGGAAGGGAGCUUAAUUCCAAGGUUCGUCGCGGCGACACGAAGAAGAGUUCGUACAGUUACAAGAGCGCAAAAAGCAAUGGAAGUAAAAGCAAUAGAAGCAGCAAGAGCAGCAGGAGCGCUUCUAGGAGCCUGCAUGGACGCGAUGAGAGCGCCAGUGCUGGAAGGAGGACUCCCGGAACGCCAAGUACUAGCAGACGAGUAAGCUUCGAGAGCAUGCCAAAGAGCAGGCCUCGAUUGAAGAAGGAGGUUCGACACUUCAAAGGAGUCGCGCUUGAGGUGGACUGGAGGUUCUAUGCAACAGGCAUUUGUUUGGCCCUGGUCAAUCUCGUAAUGGCUUGGGAUGCAACUGCGAUAUCGAUCGCUCUUCCAACUAUUGCGGUCGUACUCCAUGGACCGUCUGUGAACACUUUCUGGUUGGGUAUCUCAUUCCUCGUGGCGGCCACCGCUGUCAUACCACUGUUCUCGGCUUUUGCAGAGAUCUUCGGUCGCAAAGCGAUGCUACUUGCAGGACUGACGCUCUUCAUCAUUGGUUCGCUUGUAACAGCCAUUGCUGGAGAUAUGAGCACCGCGCUAUUUGGUCGCUCAAUACAGGGCUUCGGCGCAGGCGGCGUAUUCGUACUGUCGGACUUGAUAAUAACGGACCUUGUGUCUCCUCUGGACAAGCGAAGGUGGUCAGCUGUUCUUGGUCUGGUCUGGGCUAUUGGCGCAUUGACUGGACCUGCAGUUGGCGAGGCUCUUGCGGAACAGUCCCAGUGGCGCUGGAUUUUCUGGCUUAAUCUUCCCUUCUGUAUCUCUUCGCUUUUGAUCCUCGCGUUCUUCGCAAAGCUGAAGUCCACCAAGUACGGCUCGAAGCUCUACGAGCUAAAGCAGAUUGAUUGGGUAGGAUUCAUUCUCAUGACUGGUUCACUUGUCGCCAUGCUCUUGGGCAUCAGCUGGGGAGGUACUACGUACGCUUGGUCUAGCCCACGUACCCUUAUACCUAUUCAAUUCGGGCUUAUCGGCAUUAUACUGUAUUGCGUCUGGUCGUGGUUUGCACCUUUCCAGUCCAUGAUCUCUAUUGAUGGGUUCAUGGAUCCCACAAGCCUGGGCAUGUAUUUCGGCACCACCGUACAGGGUGCCAUCAUCGGUGCCUAUGUAUUCUUCAUGCCACUCUACUUUGGUGUGGCCGAUGCCGGUAUGAGAGACGUGCCUGCAGGAGUACGCUGGUUCCCAUGGACCAUUCCCCUUGCAAUAGUAAUCCUCGUUACCUUUGUUGUCAUUAGCAGAUGGAAUGCCUGGAUCUACGCCAUUUGGUUGGGAUGGCUGCUUGUAGUGUUCGGUGUUGCGAUGACCACGUUUUACACGCGUACUUCAUCAGAUGGGAAGUGGAUCUCCAUUGCAAUCGUCUCAGGCACUGGCAUCGGUAUCCUAUUUCCUAGUCUUCACACCGCUUCUGAGCUGAUUGCUAGCCGAGAGAGGGACGAUGAACGACAACGGAGGGCAGUCACCAAUUCCUCCUACUUCCAUUAUCUCGGCAAGGCUUUUGGUGUUGGAAUGGCGACAUGCAUCUUCCAAAACAGACUCCUUCAACAGCUGGACACGAGCGAGAUAUACCACGGCUUUGCGAAGGAGUACGCGGUGGAAUCUGUAUCCCUACUCGUCCGCAUACGAGCAACACCUGGUGGUCCGGGCUCAGCGAAAGUUCAGAUCGCAGACAUGUAUGUCCAGUCAUUGAAGAGUGUGUGGACAUUGAUGGCAGUUCUGGCAGGUAUCGCUUUAUUAGCCAGCUGUUUUAUGAUGCCCAAGAUCCUGAAAGAAGAAAAAGAAGCAGAGAUGAAGAACAUGGACGGGACCUACAUGGUGUAA